UGUGAUUGGUUCGUGGUGGCCGGGUGGAGGUUGGUUCAGCGAAACGGUGCGAGCGAGCCCGGGAGCCAUGACCUACAUCCACAGCUGGGAGGAGUUUGUGAAGGCGGCCGAGAAGCUGUGCCUGACCGAGCCCAUGAAGGUUCGUGUGGUUAUUAAGUAUCGGCACUGUGCUGGCUUUCUCUCUAUGAAAGUGACUGAUGAUGUUGUGUGUUUGCAAUACAAGACAGACCAAGCUCAGGAUGUGAAGAAGUUUGAGAAGUUCCAGAACCAGUUGAUGCGUCUCAUGGUUUCCCGAGAAUCUCGCAGCAACCUGAUGGAGAUGGACUAGGGAGCAGUGCUUGCUGCUGAACCAUCUAUGGAAGGGCUAAAGAAUAUUGAUGUGCAUAGAACCCAUUGGAAAUGCAAGGCUGAAAGACUGAGACAGGUUUUGGAGGGGGAUUUGAGUCUGUUUGAGAAUCGGGUCUGUAUGUGGAGACUUGGAGAUGAAGAUUACCCAAAGAGGCCGCGGUGAGAGUGUGUUUAUUGCAGCUGGAUAGAACAGGGAUGGUACAGGUGGCAAAGCUGCUGUCCCUGUGAAUUCUGGUCAUGUUUGUGUUAAUGCAUCUACAGUCAAGGUAAACUCCUUUUUCAUUUGCAUAAUCCUCAUGGGUUUGAGAUUCAUGAGAGAAGUUAUCGAUUAGCGACGGUCGGGUGCUAAAAUAAAUGGUCCUUGGCUGAACCUGCCUCAUCUUUUAUUCUGACUCAGUACUCAAACACAGCUCUGCACUGUUCCUCAGUGACAAAAGACUUGGAUGUGGUCCUCUGUCAGCAGCUUUAUGGCCUCUCAUGGAUGAACAUUUGUUUAGUUCAUUCACUGGGUACGAUUUAUUCUUGUGAAUUUGAUGUAACCAGAACUGGAUUGCUACACUUUGUAUCAAUGGCAGUUCAGCAUUUUGUGUGUGUUUUUUUGGUUUGAGUGCCCUGUACUCUGGUAUGUUGGUUUACCUGCUCAAUGUCUAUCCCUCAAUCAACAACACAACACAAGUUAUCAGGUCAUGAUUUAUAUUGUUAAUCACAUUUAUUAAAAAUAAUUAGCAGAUUGUAGAUGUCAGUCUGUGAGCUGAUACAGCCAAGGCAGAAUGGUGAUGUGACCCAAAUGACAAAGUUCUGCCUGUGAACUUUGUCCCUUGUUUGUGAAAUUAAUUGAUUGCACUGUAUUACCUUAGACAUUCUGCAAGCUUAAACAUGUUUUCCGUAUCUGUGACAUCAGUCAACUUUGUUCUGGUCUUAUCUGCUCAAAUCCUCACCCUAGUUUUUUUUUAUUACUUCUAUACGUAACCUUUCUAAUGUGCUCCUGGCUGGUUUCCCACAUUAUAGCUCCUCUUAACCCAAGGUCAUCAGCAGGUAGUGCCACACAAUAUAAUGGAGAUUAUCUCCACAGGCACAGUGUGGUGCUCCCCCUCCUACCAAUAUGGCCAGGGACAUUUGCGUCUGCAGCACGCAGACUGGUGAAGAUGCGGUUAGAUUCUUCUCCUCUCCACCCCCCGCUCAUCCCUGCUGCAGACCACCCUAUGUGCUUUAGAAUGUAGGUCCUUUAGCCGGUGACUACUGGCACUGAUGGACCUUGAAGUUCACCACCCAGAGUGCAUUCUGUGGCCUUGCCACCUGGCGAAGUACUUAAAGCUGGGUGACAGUAGUUAUGUUUACAUCAGUAAGUCAACAGGGUUGAAUUUGCUACUUUGUUCCAAGUCCUUUAUAUUUGAUCCCAUUCCUUCGAUAACAGACUAAGUGGGCUGGAUUUUCCAGUGAAUGGCAAUCCCACGCCAAGGAUGCUCUAAUGAAGAGUCACUGAACUUGAAACAUUAACUGUCCGUUCUUCCCAUGGAUUCAGCGAGACCUGCUGAGUUUCUCCAUCUCAUUUUCAACCACUUAGAUUUUCUAGUUAGCACCCUCUCAAGCAUUUGUCUCUGUCUCAACUUUUCAUCAACAAUCUCUCUUCCUCACCCUGUCUUCCUCAAUAUAAUCCCUAUCUUUUCCCAGUUAUUCUCAGUCUACAGAUGCUGCCAGGCCCACUGACUUUCUGCAGUGUUUUUUUUUGUUCUUUUUGCAGAUUUCCAACAUCAACAGUUCUCUCCCUCUAUUCCUUUUACUUUACUCCGAUUUGCCUAACUCUGCUAUUUCUCUGUUAUUUAAGUGAAUUCCCAGUCAGCUGAAUCUCCACAGUUUGUAUGUGAUGCAGGAGCCUUUAAAACAGGGCCAGAGUUGAGGCUAUGUCUAGUGCUGGAUGAGUCUUUACGUUGUACAACAUCACAAUCUGUGUGGGUGAAUCAAUUCUCACAGUAGAAACACUCAGCUGGCCUGUAGGGUGUUAGUCUCAUUGCUGCCCUCCAAUCUGUCAUAGGCCAUGAGCUUUGAGAUGUUGGUGAGCUGAACUCUGGCUGAUUGACAAGCUGGACUACCCAUAUUCUAACUUCCUUUCUUUCAGUAAGAUUUACACAGGCAGUGGCAGAGCUAACUUCAGAAUUUUAAAGACCAUUCCUCACCCAUUCCCAGUUCUCAUCCCUCGGCCAUGGAGCUUCAAAUACCCCGAAAGAGCCAUAGCAACAUUUUAUCCUGCAUGUAGUGUGUGCCUGGCCCUUUCUGUGCCCUGUUUUCCAAAAUUUUGUGUAUAGAAGUUGCUGGAUGUGAGGUGGAUAUCCAGGUACUUUUAAAGGAUUCCUUUUUCACACCUCCUGUCACCUAUAGGUGAAACACUUUUUACUCAUCUUCCCUCUAAUCCUCCCAACAUCUUUAAAUCUCUGCCCCCUAGUCAUAGAACUCUCUGCUAAGGGAAGUGUGUUCUUCCUAUCUACUCCAUCCCAACUCCCCUCAGUCUUAUACAUAAAUCUGUCCAAAGCCACCUCUGUUCUGAAGGAAACAACGCUGGCCUAUCUGAUGAUUCAGCAUUGCUGCUAUUUCCAAGACGCUUUACCUCCUUUGUACCUUGCUGUGCCUUCACUUGUGCAGUUACACUUUUUUGUCAUGAAAUGAUCAGAACUGCACACAGUACUCAAAUUGUGACAUAACCAGUGUUUUAUUUAUCACCAGCAUAACCCCCUGCUUUUUUCUUCCAAUACCAUGACUAAUGAUAGAAAGAUUCCAUCUGCUACCUUAACCACUUCAUUGACUUCUCCUGCUACCUUCAGGGAUCACUGGAUAGUCGCUUCCCCAAUGCCUUAGUGUCUUUCUAUUUAUUGUGGAUUCCUUUGCCUUGUUUAGCCUCCCCAAGUAUGUCACUUCACGCUUCCCUGGGUUGAAUUCCAUUUGCCACUUUCUGCCCAACUUUAGGCUAACUUAGACUGUCAUUUGUAAUUGGCAUGAAAGUGAAAUGUGAAGUUUUAAAAUUCUAUAAUUGCAAGCAUUGAGCAGGUUUAUUUUCAAGGAGAGCAUUGAAGGAGCAGUCUAAUUAAGAGCAGAAUGAAACUGGAUGCCCAUUAGCUAGUUCAGGCCCUUUGUGACUGGAGCAGAUAUAAGUAGCAAACUCAGUACAACUUACAAUAAAGUGCUGGAGCCAAGUGUCUCCCAUUUCAGCAGAUGAAGGAAAGAAGUAUUUUUAAUUGCGUUUACCAAAACACAGCAGCUCACUUGUGAGUAUAUCUGGCCUUUUAAAAAUGUAAAUAAGGCCAGAAAUUUAUGUUUAGGUCUAGUCCUUUUUCUCAAAUAAGGAUGAUUUUCAUGUGUAAAAGAAUGGAAAAAUUACAAAUAAAUGUUGAGUUGCUAGACCUCAAGUGUAAAGAACAGGAA